CCUUCGUUUCGUUGGUUCAUCUCCGGCAUUUCAGUACUUCCACAUCGUCUCUCCUCACCCCCGCCUGCCACUGAAACUCACCCUUUUCCAGCUCAGGAAAAAAAAAACUCGCCCCUUUCCCUUCCUCUUCCUCGUCGGCCGGGGUCGGCGUCGCCUGCUGCCAUUCGCCGGAGACCCUCAUCGUCCUGGCCGCCUACAAGGCUCGCGUUGAGAUUGACAAGCUACCUUUUUUGGUCUAUUGCUUGUUCUUUGUUGUCUGGAAGUAGUAUAUCUCACUCCAUACUACUAUGAAUCUUGAUAAUAAGUGUCAGCAACAACAGCUAUCAGGCUCAAGUUCUGCAAGGCCGCGGACAUUUUGGACCAGCUGUCCAACUUGUGGCACCAAAUAUCAGUAUUACCAUUCAAUUUUGAAGAGAGCUGUCCACUGCCAGAAUUGCUCGAAGGCCUUUAUAGCACAUGCUUUAACUGAGCAACCUGUUCCUUUUGGUCCAGAUCAACAGUUUGCUGAGGUGUGGAUAAGUGCAGGAGUAUUUUCAGAAAUUAGAUUGCUUCAGAAGUUCGAACCUGGGCAGAUCUGGGCUCUCUACAGUGACAUAGAUAAGUUUCCCAAUUGCUAUGCCUUCAUAGAGAAAGUUGAUCUCGAGAAUAAUGAGGUACAUGCAAAAUGGCUUGAACUUUGUCCUGAUGGAGAGAUGGAGGAAAGAUUGGUAAUAGAUCGAACGGUUGGGUGUGGAACCUAUAGGGUUUCCACCACCCAUGGUAUUAUGAUUUACACCGACACGAAACCUUUUUCUCAUCCUGUACAUGCGAUAUUCACUGGUAGAAGGAACUCUUAUGAAAUAUAUCCUAGGAAAGGUGAAGUCUGGGCCCUUCUCAGGGGAUGGGAUAUUGGUUGGAGUCCAGAUGCUCACAACCAAAAGAACUACAAGUAUGAAGUUGUUCAGGUCCUCUCUGAUUUCACAACUGGCACUAGCAUCAUUGUGAUGCCACUUGUCAAGAUAAAAGUCUUUGUUAGCUUAUUUAUGCAGUCUGAAGUGGCUACUCCAUACCUGAUACCUCAGGAUGACACAAUAUGGUUUUCACAUUAUAUCCCCUACCGUUUGAUGGGUGCAACUGAAAGCAAAGGCAUUCAGGAAGGAGCUCUUGAACUUGAUCCUGCAGCGCUUCCCGUUAAUUUGGAACAGCCUCUCACAUGUCUCGUUUCAGAAAGCAUGUCAGUAAGAGGCUCGGAGUUUGAUGCCAAAUAUGCUGGUUCGUCUGGAGGAAAUAAAUCUCACAAGGAAUCCAAAGGGGCUGGGGAGAGACAGCAUGGUACAUGCAUGAAUGGAGGGAUCUUUGCAAAGGCACCAGUGGUAGAGAAUGGGGAGCAUUACACUCCCUCUGCUGUAGAAGGUACGGAUGUUGAUGAAGAAUCUGAUGAUGCUGGAGUAGAAGUAUUAUGUACUGAUUUUUUUAACUUCGACCAACUUCGAGAUGUAAGUCAGUUUAGACCCAACCAGAUCUGGGCUGUCUAUGAUACUCAAAGCUUUAUGCCAAGAUUUUAUGCUCGGAUUACAAAGGUACAAAUGACCCCAAAGUUUAAAGUACACUUUGUUUGGCUGGAAUUUGAUCCCACAAAUAAAGCAGAAGUGACAUGGUCACGUGGGGAACUGCCUAUUGCGUGUGGAUGUUUUAAUCAUGGAGCGUCAGACACAGCUAAAGAAACUAAUAUGUUCUCCCAGAUUAUUUCCUGUGUGAAAAGAAAAACAGGAAACUUGUAUGAGAUAUAUCCUAGGAAAGGUGAAGUUUGGGCCCUUUUCAAGGGAUGGGACAUUGGUUGGAGUUCGGAUGCUGACAAGCACACAGAUUUUGAGUAUGAAAUUGUUCAAGUUGUUUCUGAUUUCACGACAAGCACUAGCAUCAUUGUCAUGCUGCUUGUAAAAAUAGAAGGCUUUGUUAGCUUAUUUAAGCAAUCGAAAGAAGCAACUCCGUUAGUGAUACCUCAGGAUCACACGCUCAUGUUUUCACAUUGUGUCCCUCAUCAUUCAGUGAGGGGAACUGAAAGAGAAGGUAUUCCAGAAGGAGCUCUUGAACUUGAUCCUGCCGCGCUUCCCCCUAACAUGAAGAGGCUUUUGCUUCUGUUGUUCCAGAAAGCAGAUCAGUGGAAGGUCAGGACUUUGGCACCAAAUACAAUCAUUAUGCUGUAGAAGAUAGCAUUACACCGCUUGCAGACAAAUGUCUGCUGCAGGAGAUUCUAUCUGACUCGCCUGCCAUGGCAGUAAAUGAGCACCAGGAAGCUACAGUAUCAUUGGGUGCAACCACCAGAAAAAACAAUGAUAUGAAGUUUACCCACAUCACUUCUGCCAAUUGCGCUACCCUUCCUAUGAAACAUGGCUGUUCCUCUACUUCACAAAUCGUAUCCUCAAGGCGCAAAUUGUCUCAGAAUUCUUAUGUUGUUGAUUUGACUGAUAAUGCGACUAUGCAUGGACAUUUGAAGGAACAUACUUCUGCGAGACGUAAAAAGGCUAAAAUAGCAGACAAUGUUUCUUCACAGUUAAAACAUAAUGUCGAGUCAAGAGAUCUAACUGGAUACCAAGGUGAACAAUCUACACCUCCAUCAAGGAGAAGUACUAUUGAACAAGCAUGUGAAAAGAAUGAGGCUAUUCAAGAAAGAUGCGGAGGCCAGGAAUCUACUACUGUACCGGCCUUCUUGAAGCUGGCUCGAGAAAAGCUCAGUACUGCAGAGUACGGAGAGUUUGUUGGAUUUAUGAAGGCCUUAAAAUUGAAAACCAUGCACAUCAAAGACCCACUUGAGGCAAUAGCGAAACUGUUUUCUUCUCCAGGGCGACUCGCACUUCUUGAAGGGUUCGGGGUCUUUGUUUCUAAGAAUCAUCUUCCGUUAUAUGACCAGCUUGUUCGAAAAUAUACUCUGGCUAAUACAUAAUGACAUCAUCAGUUGCACUUACUUAAAGGCAUGAUUUGUCCGUACAAGUUCAGCUGUUAAGGAAGGUGGAUGGUUAAUUACAGGCAGUAUAUAGAAGAGAGGGAGCUGUGCAGAUGAUACUUAAGGAUGAGUGCCUAAAGUUCUCUCAUCAGAUUCCUUGCUUCCAUCUGACAAAUGGAAAGGGGGCUAGCUUCGAGGUUGUUUCGAGCUCGAUCCUUACUCAGUGCAUGAGAGGUUUCUCGCCACUGAUUCAAUGUGAGAUAACCCUGUUUAUGGUGAAUCUUUUGGAAGCCUCUUUUGGCGGUGGAACUACAAGUCUACAAGACGGAAGGUUCUGCAUAAGCUGAUGACACCGUAUUUCGAGCUGCCUGGAGUACUCAAUGUACCGGUGAUGUUAUUCUGCGUUCCUUUAGUCUCCUGCAGCUAGUGCCUCCUUUAGUCUCCUUUAGUCUGGUGUUUUUUUUUUCGUUUUGAGAAGCAGAGAAGGUGUAUGCUGUUGCCGAGCAGCAAACUGAAGUAAUGAGCCUGCAAAUGUUGAAUUCCCAGGGCUCUGCUUGCUUGUGCACUGCCUUCAUGGUGAUGGUAGAAAAACUUCCUUCUCCUAAUCACCCAGAUUCUAUGGUACAAUGCUGUCCCGCCGGGCUCAGAAGGUGACAAGGCAUUCGACAGAGCAAAGUCAAUCUGGCACUAGGCAUUCACCUCAGGUGAUAUGCUCCUUUGUUUACGGGGUCCAAAACUCCUGUUGCAAAAGAGCCAUGUCAAUCUGGAACAAGGUAUUUGAGAGAUUUCACAGGGAGUCGGGGACUCAAGCAUAUCUGUAGCUAAAAUGCUUUGCAUACUAUUCCUGUGUCCUGGCAAAGUACGCUGAUGUGCACUACGCUGAUAGUGGAGUGCAGGUUGUUUGGCAACGUCAUUUUGUAUGAAAAGCGCUUUCUGCGAAGGUGAAAUGAGAUGACUAACUUGAUUUGGCCUUUUA